CUCCCAGCAAGCACCGAGGGGACGAGCACACCUCCAAUUGUCUGAAUUCAGCUUAAUGUAGGGAAGGUGACAUUUUUUGCUUUUACCAGUUCUAUAAUACAGGAGCCAUGUUGGCCAGUACGGUUUUCCCCGUUCUCUUAUUUCUCUGGCCUCCCCAAGUUUUGGGACAAAAGAAGAAGGUCACAGAGGACCCCAUUGAUAAGAUACAAGUCCAAGCCAACUUUAACAUGGACAAGUUUGCAGGACAGUGGUAUCUGCUGUCUGUCGCAUCAGAAUGUAAUUAUCUGAAAGCAAACAACCAUCGCGUGGAGGCAACAAUAAUCAACGCUGCGCGAUCCACAAAACCACGGGAGACGGAGAACCUGCUUGUCCAUACGCUCCGGAAAAUGGACGGGAUCUGCUGGGAGAUUAAACAAAAAUAUCGCAAGAACAAAAUAAACGGCAGGUUCAUAUUAAAAGUUCGUGGAUCUAUUCGGCAGCUGGACAUGGUGGUGGCAGAGACAGAUUACGAGAAUUAUGCCAUUCUGUAUUACCAACGGCAAAAGAAAAUUACCAUUAAGCUAUACGGACGUGGUAAGACUGUGAAAGACGAUAUUUACCGCAAGUUCGAUGGACAUGCCUCUAACCAGGGCAUAGACCUGCUUUAUAUCUACCCAUUUCCAACAUAUGGAUUCUGCGAGAAGGCGGAUCAGUUCCAUAUUCUUGACGAAACCUCGAGCUGAGCGUUGCAGUCUGCGUGACGUAUGUGAUCCAUUUCAACGUUCCCUGUAAACAAUAUUUUUUACAUACUAAACCAGCGAAGUGUCAUCGCCACCUCUGUAUGCACUGACAAUGAGGGGGUUAGCAAAAUCAAAAAUGACAAAUGUAUUAUUUGCGUUCUGUAUGUUUUUGCGUGUUAAAAAAAAUGAGUUUGCUAUUGGGAGAGAAAAUAAAAUUCUAUCCUUUUCUGGA